UUGAUUUGAUUCUUAUCACUCAAAAUGUGGAUUUGAUUUGAUUUGUAUCACUCAAAAUGUGGAUUUGAUUUGAUUUGGGAGAGUACUCGUAUGAUUUGAAUCCAAACAUUGUAUUAUGCAUAAAGCCAAAAAAAUAUUUAGAGGUAUUUAAUCUUUUAAGUUUGGAUUUGAACUAUUCUGAUUUCUUGCAUUCUUAAUAUUUAAUUAUUUAUGAUAUUUCAUGAUAUACACAAAAUUUAUAUUUUUAUAGAAAAAAAGAACAAGAUCUUUUCUUUUAGCUAGUUGUAAGCUGAAGAAGAAAAAACGAUAGGCCCUAAGGUUUUUAAUUAAGUCUUUUUCUUAAAUUUACAAAAUGAUGACAAUCUUUCACCAAUGGAGCUAUUCUUUUUAAAAAUUUAUGAAAAAGUCUCAGUACGUCAUCAUUGAAAGAAAUCAAAUAUUAACAAAUCUAUUUUUGACUAAUUAUGUAUUUUUAUACUGAUAACCAUGUGCUUUCCAUGAUUGUAAAUAUUUUCAUUCUUUUCACAGCCAUCAUUAGGCCGCCAUUUUUUGAGUUUUUGAUUUGACAUUUACAAAAUGGUGAUGAUUAGAUUAUUCGGGGAUUUCCAGAAUAAUUUAACUUGUUGAUUUAAUUUCAGAAUGUUUUGAGUAAAAAUGGCCGAAAUAUUAGAGGGGUUUCUAUGCCCCCUCUGUAUGAAAGAUCUGGGAGAUGUUAUCCAGCUUCAGAUUCAUUUUGAAGAAACUCAUUCCAAAGAAGAUCAAGCAUUUGUCCAAUCUUUAAAAGAUCUGUUUGGGAAGGCGAAGAAGAAGAUUUUGAACGAUGAGAAUGAGAAUCUUGACAAUCUAAUUGUUCCCAAGGUUCAGAUUCAGACGAGAAACGACGACGUACACCCUGUUUCCGGGAUACGGACGGAUAUCUACAUCGGGUUUUCUCCGGCACCCGCAAGUUCAAAUCACUUUUCACAGUUUAAAAAAAUCCGAUCUGAACGAGUGGACCGGUAUGCAGCUGAGACAAACCGGUUAAUAGUCCGGUUGGACCGGUUGUUAGACCGGAUGCCGGCAGAGAGCAGUCGGAGACGUGAGCAUGAACAGUCCGUGGUUCAAUGGGUUGAAGAGGAUCUUGUUAAGCUUUGUCCUAACUGUGCCAAGAGUUUUAAUAUUGCACGGAGGAAACAUCAUUGCAGACUAUGUGGGAGUGUGAUGUGUAAAGAGUGUUCUAAGUUUGUAGAAUGGGAUUUCUGCAGAAAACUGAUCAAUCCUUCAACACUAUCUAUUUACAGUAUGAAGUCAAAGGAACGGCAAGGCUGGUCUGUGAAUGGUAAUGAUUCAAGAUCCCUCUCUUCUCUUCCUAAACCGUCCUUCGGACUCCGUAGAACUAGCUCCAAGGAGAGUGUUCAGAGUAUGCUCUCUCCUGGAGAUAAGAACGCCGAGGAGUUUAGAACUUGUGAAUACUGUCUUAAACUCCUCAAACACAGGAACGCAGCAAUAGAUCGGCAGACGAUUAAACCGAUAGUUACGCAGUUCUACGAGAGAUUGUGGGAGUAUGUAGAGGAAGGAACCACACUUAGUGAUCAGUAUCUUCAGAUGCACCAAUCCUUCACAGCUGGAGAAACCAAUUAUCAUCUGUCUGACGCUAAAAAUUUAAGAAUGAAACUUCUCAAGAUUGCUGAGAACGUAGACCUGAUGUCAAAAAAGAUUUCCGUGCUGGGCACGGACAGUGAAAAUGAAUCGUUCUUGAGUUCGCGCAAGUAUCUACUUCAAACCCAGAUACGACGGGCAGCGGUUAAUUUUAUCCGUGAAACGUUGGUUGGACUCCCGUCCCUACCCACGGAGGAGCAGUUGGUAGAGCUCCAGCAGAAGAGGAAGGAGGAGAUAGCGAGGAGGGUUGAGGAGGAGAGAAGGAAGGCUCAGGAAGCUAGGAUUAGAUUUAGGAAUCUUCAAGAGAAGCGUCAAGAUACGCAGAAAGGAAAGCUGACCCCGAGUAGAUCUGAUCAGUCGAUCAAGUAUGAGAAAGGAUUCGUUCUCUCCAGUGAUAAAGACGAACUUAAUGCAAGCGGAAGUGAAGAUCCUAUGGUGCAACAAAUGAAUAUUAUUAGAAGCUAUAUUAUAAAAGCUAGAGAAGCUAACAGGUUUGACGAGGUAAGUAUGCUUGAGAGCAACCUACGUGAGCUCCAGGUUGAGUACAAGAGAACCAGGGACCAGGAGCAGAAAGAAGCUGCCGCAGCUGCUCAUCAUACUCAAUACGAGUCCUUCAACCUUCAUCAGAGCGAUUCGUCGGAGAACCUUGAAGAUAGAUCAGCGCAAUACAAACCUAGCAGUAGGACACAGAAUAAGUCUUACAAAACUGCAGAACAAAUACAGAGCUUAAAGCCUAAAGUAGUGCAACCCACUCGGAGACCCUCGUUUACUAACAAUUCGGCUAAACCAGUUCUUGAAGAAAUGGCGCGAACUGUGAAUAGUGUACGAGAGUACCUACCGAACAAAUCUAUGUUGACAAGUUUUAAUCCUUUCGGAACAACGGGCGAAGAUGAUUACGAUGCAUCAGGGAAGAACCCGUUCUCGGAGUAGUAAUUAACGCACUUCAAGAGUUUAUCUUUUUAUUCAUAUUAAAAGACAGAAACUUUUUCCAGUGAUUGAAAGAUCUAAGAUUAUAAUGAUUUCAUCAAAGAUGAAACUCUUAAAUUUUGUCAGGAAUUUUCGUGUUGCUAACCCAUCAUUUUUAACAUUUUCAAGACAGACUUAGAGAUUGGGGUUUUUUUUUAAAUAAGAUUGUUAUCGAAUAAGAUUAAUUUAGGCGUUAUCAUCUACUGAAAAGACGUUUCAUAAGUUUUUCUAGAGUUUUAUGUUGUAUUAAUCAAUUCCAAGUUGAGAAUAAUCUGUGAUUUAUGGAAUAAAACAAAUAUACCAUUAUGUGUUUAAUGUCAACAAAUAAAAUUAU